AUGGCCGAGACCAGCCCCAUAGGUCCACAAUUCAUCUCACUCCUACCCCGAUUUCCUCUAGUGGUUUGUCAGUCCUGUCAGGUAGCCGUACGACCAAAGCAGAUCGCCUACCAUCUUACCCACGAUCCUCAUCGGCUUUCUCUACGCCACGCCCAGGAGACUGCAGCGACCAUAGGAACAUGGGAAGGUAUCUCGUACGAUCCAACCACUUUACAGUACCCCCUGAGUGUCCAGGACCCAAUCCAAGCUCUAUCCAUCUAUACCGACGGCAUACUGUGUACUGUGGCUGCUGACUGUCAGUAUGUCUGUCGUAGCCUGAAAGCGAUGAAGGAGCACUGGCGGACAACGCAUAGAUUCUCUGUCCGUACGAAGCCUGGGCACCCUCGAGCUCAGCACCGGCAGAGAGCUAGAGAUCUCCUUGAUCGAUCCUGGCGGCAAGUGACCUGUCAGCGGUUCUUCGUACGAGGGGCCGGCUCAUCAUACUUUUGGGUGCAGCAGCCUGGGAUCCCCCAUUUACCGCAAGCGCCACCGAUCCCAUCCAGCCAGGCCGAGGAGAUUGUACAACAGGUCGAGCAGCGCUAUACUGAGGCCCUCUCGACGGUCGAGCAUACCAUCGAGGCGGGCCAGGUCGAUGACGCUAACCCAUGGCUUCGCCGUACGCAGUGGCCCACGUAUCUCCGGGGCAUUCUAGUACCGCCCCUCCUUCAGUCGCUCGAGACUCCAGCGCCUGAGGGGGUCGAGAACGAGGCUAUCGUACGAGUAAUUUGGGACGUGAUGGGCUCGGUUGCGGCUAUGAGCCAGCGUAUCACUAAGCAGUGUGGCCACUUUGCCCGGACUGAAGCCGCUCGUACGGAGCAGCAUGAGAGCCCCUUUACUCCCCUCCUAGCCUACAUGGACGAGGCGAACAUCCAGCGCCAUGUCGAGCCCUGGCAGCGGAUCCUGGUUUUCUUUGCUCGCACACAGCAGCCGCAUGACUGGCAAAGCCCUCAGUACCAGUUCACACCCCGUCAGUCUCGUACGUGGCGAGAGCUCUGGCGACUGGCCCAGGCCCAGACGGAGGUACCACCAGGCGAAUCAUCUACAACCGCUCAGAGCCAGGGCUCCCCAUCUUAUCCCGACCCGCAGUCGUACGACGCCUUCUCUGCAAGCCCGGUCCAGAUCGCCUGUAUGGACUUUUGUAUUGAACUCCUCAACCAACGGAUCGGCGUAUCGGAGUAUGAGAGCGCCUUUGUCUGUGCCUUAGCUGUCCUCGGCCGCACUUCGUACGGCUGGAUGGAUACUGACAGUUACCCCCCAAUCCUGUCAAAGAUCCUCAAGAUUGCCCGGUUUAUCGUCCUCCACAAGGCGGUCCGACUUGAUCCGUACGUGGACGAGCUGAUUGCCUCCUUCCAGGGCCAUUCCAGCAAGCUGGUUCUAUCUGCUGAGACCCCAUUUGACGAGCCUGGCUAUCUCCUCUCUGGGUACGAUCAUCUUUCUC